GGUGAACCUUGCAUCAUAUCACGAGUCACCGCCAGAAAGUGCGCAGGGGCUCUGCGCCUUGAAAACACGAGGGUAGCACACCGCAUACCGCACACUCCACAGGACUGCAUCACAUAUUCAGCACACUGGAAAGGAUCCCCAUUGGUCUGACCGUCAAGUUCACCGCAAAGCCUCGACUAGUCCGCAUCUGGCGUGAUCGGCUUUUCUGGCACUAACUAACACCCAGCACGCCCGAGACAACUGCACAGCUGCGGCUGCGACAACUUUCUCUGAGCACUAGCGGCAGCAACAUGGCCAUACCGGGUCAACGGUUCGAAUUAGAUCUCGACGCCGAUGACUUCGCAAUCAGGCCGAUCGACGAAGCGACAUCCCAACCCCCGUCUGCGGGCUUCAGCAUCAAGGAGAUCCAAGAACAUGACUCGGACGCUGUUCCUUCUGCCCCCUCGCUGAAACCCUCCAAGGCGGGCUUCCCAGAGCACAAACCACGCCGCAACGUGUCUGCUUUCAAACAAAGACAUCAGACUGGGAAACCGCCCUCCCGUCCCUCGAUCCCUCCCACAGUCGAGCCUUCAGACCAAGCAAUUAGACACCAUGUGGGCAAGAAGUAUGGGCUGGACAUGGACCAGCAGCAGAAGGCUGACAUCAGUGAGGAAAACAAGAGGCGGAUAGCCGAAAUGUCAAUAGAGGACAUCGAGGAGGCUCGAGCCGAGCUAACACGGAAUCUCAAUCCUGCUUUCCUAGAACGCUUGCUCAAACGUGCUAAUAUCGAGGAAGAUCAGGCUGGCCAAAAGGUUUGGCCUGAGGCCGACAUGCAAGAGAUGGAUAACAGUCCCGGGCUCGAGAAGGGCGCAGUGGCUGGAAGGGCGAUAGACGAAGAUACUGCAGAGCCUGAGAAAUCAGCCGAUGACGCCCCGCCACCUCCCUCGACGCAUUUUCCCGUUCCUCCUCGCUCAGCAGAUGACUACAUACCCCUGAACUCUGACGGCGCCUCCUUCCUUGCCGACCUCAAGACACAUUACUUCCCAGAUACUCCCCACGACCCUUCCUCAUUGAGCUGGCUACAAGAUCCGACCGAAGAGGAGGACCAAGCAUCGUUGUAUAACCCUGAAAACGAAUCAUUUCUGGCUUCUGCCCUCCGAUUCGGAUUCAAUGGCCGUCUAAUACCGCCAAAGGAAAGCUUGGAGGUCGACGUGAAAGAAGGGCUACACCAUCACGGUGAUGCACCUAGUAGCGCCGGGUAUACGAUACCAGAACUUGCGAUGCUUGCCCGGUCUACCUUGCCUAAUCAGCGAUGCAUGGCUUAUCAAACGCUAGGUAGGAUUUUGUACAGGCUGGGAAGAGGGGAUUUUGGCGCCAGAGGCAGCGAACUCCAGGAAGCACUAUGGUCCGUUAUUGAAAAAGAGAGGCCGGUAGAGGCCAUGAUGAAUGAGGCCAACCGUCAAUCGGGACAUGCCAGUGCCAAAGCGCUUGCAGUCGAGGCGCUCUGGCUGUGGCGAAAAGGAGGCGGUGGUGAUCGGGGAGUGUUGAAACCGAGUCAACGGCUGGCAAAGUGAGAGUCUCCCUGGGGGGCAACAUAUGCUCAAUGAUCUACGAUGUUGCACCGAGAUCGAUAGGGACGGUGGUCGGAAGACGAUGCAAUGGGCCGGUGGAGCAUGAGAGCUUUUAACAUGCUUUCGUCGAUGCCUCCUCCUUUCGCAAAUCCGAGUUGAGCUUCGCUCAAGCAACAGGCCUUGGAGAUUGCAGUCGCAACUUUCGCAAUACAACAGGCGAGGGAUCUCCGACACGGAUAGCCAGCCGACAGCAGUCUGCCGUGGCGGCUGAAAUCGAGCUUGGUGCCUCGUGGAAUCAGCCGUACGGAAGAAGUUCUCCCGCGCCCUGUUGGUUUGGACAUCGCAUGUCAUGAGUCUCUAGGGGGGCUACGAUGCUAUGUAACGUGAAAUCCUGUGGUCACCUUUAGGGCUGCUUGGUCAUGGGAGUGGCAAGACCGCCGUGCCAUUGCGACGCGCAGUGGAUGCUCUCACACAUCAGGCGAAUAGGACCAAUCGACAUAACCACUUGACUACCUACCUACUUAGAUCGCAAUUGCGAGUAAGAAUACAAACAGUUGGUUCCACAGA